AUGCGGAGGUGCUUCCACUGCGAAUUGAUGUUAGCGCUACAGCAAUUGCCAAAUGAAGAGCCGACGCAGGUGAAGCCAAAACUUCCGCCGCAAGUUCCAUCAGUGGAGAUCUUUCUACCCGUAACCGGGGCCGCUGAUACUGCGGGUGCUGCCGACGAUAGUACGGGUGCUGCUGAUGAGACUGCGGGUACUGCCGAUGACACUACGAGUAUCGUCGAGGAUACUGCAAGUGUUUUCGAUGACGCCGCAGGUGCUGAGGAAACAAUAACCGCGGGCACUGAAGGUACUGGCGGCUUGCAGUCUCCAAAUUUAGCCUGGCAUCCAGUUCCGCAGUGUUGUGGCGUGGAACCACAACGUCCAUUCUUAGAGCAACAGUUUCCCCAAGACGAAUUCUUGCAAGUAAGCGUGUUCCAGGACUGUUUACCGCAAACACUCGAGGUGCUGACGCGCAACGCAUUGACAUUAAGGAAUAGAAGGGCCGGAACGGCUAAUGAUAUCGAAGAACGCAUCGUGUAA